UAAUAAACUUUCAAUUUAGUAAUUAUACAAAACAAGUUUCAACUUCGAUUCGAUAAAAAAACGAUCUGUCUUCAUUUGUAGAGAAGCCUGAAUCGCUUUUUAGAGAGACGCAUGCGACGCCACUGACGAUCAGCCCCCAUAAUUUUGUAAUAUAUAAAUGCGGCGAGUUCCGCACCCCGUCAAUGAUGAGGGCCGACUAUUUCACGCGCGUCAGGAGACUGAUGAUGGUGAUCGGCAUCUGGAAAGUCGAAAAUCCACGCCACUCGGUGUUCUGGAAACGGGUCUACCAAGUCUACUCGGUGUCGUUCCAAAUGCUGUGCUAUUCGGUGGGGUUUUCGUUACUUGCCGAAAUACCCGCGUUGGCUAAGUCUGACGCGAUGGCUGCGAUGGACAACGCGAACAGACUCACCGUGUACAUAGUCAUCAUCAUCAAGAUGAUCGCGUGGCAAUCUAAAAGAAUGGUCGAUCUGCUUGCAGUCAUGUUGGAACAAAACUCCCAGAUACGGGCGGCCUCACUCGUCGACCUCGCCAUCCGUAGGUUGUAUCGACAACACGUGAGGUACAAUCACAAGUUUGUGUUCGUCCUUGUCUCUUCAGCGGUAGUCAUAUCGGUUAACAUCUCUGCCGCAGGAUUCAUAGGCGUAUAUCGAUUCAUCCAUUCACCGGAAAAUCAAAACCAUACCGAAAAACCGCUGCCCCUCAGGUUCUGGUACCCAUUCGACAUACACAAGCACUACGUGCUCGCCUUGGUGGAUCAAAAUCUCAGACCGACGCUCGGUUGUUUUUGUCUCGGUGUCACUAGCGCGUCGCUCAACUCCCUGGCGAUAUUCGUCAGAGUACAGUUGAAAAUGUUGCAGCAUCACUUCCAGCACUUUAACCGGCAGCGGAAGGAAGCAGUCGACAGUCUGAAGUUGUUGUGCGUGAAGCAUCAACGCUUGAUCAAAUAUACUAUAGAAUUCAGCGAAUCGCUAAAAUACAUAGUACUCCUGGAUUACAGUGUGUCAUCGGUGACAUUCGCGGUGCUGAUCCUCCAGAUAAUCGGCGGAAAAGAAUUAGUAAUCAGUGGCACCAUAUUGACGUUCACCACGCUCCAGCUCAUGACAUUUUCGUGGAACUGCAACGAGAUAAUAGUGCAGAGCACUGAGCUGACCACAGCGCUUUUCAAAAGCAAUUGGUACUACCAAGAUCGAUCUGCGAAAGUGCUGAUCCAGAUAAUGAUGAUGCGGUGUCAGACGCCGCUUUGCUUGCGUAUCGGCUGGUUGGGAGUGAUGGAUCUGGAUGCGGGAUUAUCGAGGUUGAAAUUGGGUUAUUCCUACACGUCGAUUAUCAACAAAUGAAAUGACAAAUGAACGUCGUCAGCCCAAUACAAAUUAACGCACCAAACUUUUAAUUUUAACAUAACUAGUAGGGGUAGAAAAUUAUUUAAUGUAUGAUACACUUUUCACGUGAAGACACUACAUAAAAUGUGGAAAAACUCUUUUCUUUUUUUUUGUGAACACGUCCGUGACCGAUAUGUGGGCGAUUUUCCUUAGGUAUCUGUUAUUGCUUGGUUCCAAAUUUCUUGUAAAAAUAAAAUUUCAAAAAAAUGGCAAAUUUGCAUUAGGUUUUGUCCGUUUGUCCACGCUCCAGCUCAUGACGUUUUACGAUUACGAACAGUCACGGUAGGAUUUCAAAAAUGGUAGGGUAUUUUUAGAGCACUGAGCUGGCGAAGGCCCUUUUCGAAAGCGACUGGUACGAUCAGGAUCAAUCUGCGAAACUGCUAAUCCACAUAAUGAUGAUGCGGUGUCAGAAGCCGCUGUGCUUGGGUAUCGGUUGGUUGGGAGUGAUGGAUUUGAAUGCGGGAAUAUCGGUGAGCGCUGCUAGGAGAGGUUCGAUGGAAACGGUAUGGAUAUGUUUAAGUUUCAGAGGUUGAAAUUGGGCGAUUCCUACACCUCCGUCAUGAACAGGCUCCGUCAACCAGGCUGCUCAGAAUUGCGAGAUAAUACAAUGUGCACGAUUUUUUAUGAAAUCAAAAUUACUUAUGUCUCUGGUAUUUUGAUGUUGUCUUUUGAUUCAGUAUUAAAAUUAUAUUUGAGCCUUUGCAAAAUGGAUUCAAAUACAGUUGCCGCUUAAAUAAAAAAAAACCUAAAUCGGUUGAUCCAACCUGUUGCUGAAAAUGGUUUAGGAGAAAUGACGAAAAGGGAACAAGAAGAAAUAACAAGAACAGAAAAGAGCGAGGAGGACAGGGACAAUAAUGAACAAAAAAUAUCUCGAAGAAAUCCGAAAUCCUAAU